AGCCGCAAGAGCAGUCGAGUGGUGGGUGGACAAAUCUGGACCACCGGGCCAGCAAACAGUACUUGCGCAAACGCGAGCGCGGGCGCGAGUGCGGCCGGAGGAGGUGUCGCUCAACAGUUACGCGCUCCUUCAGGUGUACGUUUUGAUGGGGGUGACGGGGUUAGGCUACCUGGCGCUCACAUGGUCGACGGUAGUCCUCCUCGGUGGCUUCGUCACCGGGCUGGAGAAAAGGAUUUUUGGUGCCUCACGAGCAUUAGCAUGGUACAGGCAGCAAGGAUCUUCAACGACUCAGGGGACAACCUGUUUCCUAUAUUUCGGAAGCUAAUGAGAAAUCUUGCGAGGAAGGUUCUUGCAAACCCUGUAGAAGGUGUUCUACAAAAAUUGUAUCAACAUCGCACAGGGCAUGGUGCCUUAACUGUUCUCUGGGUACAAGCUGUCCUCAUCAUCGUGCAAAUAUUAUCCAUCCCGGCCCUGGUCGUGGUUCUAAUUGCAGGGAUCCUUUAUGUGGUUGGGCCUGUCGCCUGUAUCGUGCUCUCAUUGUGGCGCCUACGGCAGCAUGAUUAUGGCGACACCACAAAAGACGGCAAAGCGAACCUGGUGCCAGCACUGAUCAUAUUCUACUGUUUGGUCAUUUGCCAAGGUGUACUCUUCUUCUUAUGGUGGUGUAUCGAUUUUGCGGCGAUCUGGGUUGUGGUUUCGCUCCGUGAAGAUUGCAUGUUACCAGAAAAGUGGGGCAGCGUGACAAUUGUAGAUUACCUCUAUGAUACCCGAGCAAAAUGCUGGCAGGACCCUACAUCCAUCGAUGGUAGGAAUUUGAUCCACUAUGCUGUUGAUUUGGUUGACUCAGAAUUGCAGAAAGAAUAUCUCUCAGGAGCAAGGAUGUUGGACAACUUUAUUAAGCUGGAGGCAGAUGUAAGGUCUCUCUUACUCCCUUCUAGAACAAAGAUUCAGAAGCUGAUCGAUACACCAGGGUGGAGAAGCAGUAACAGAGAACUAAGGGCGGUCGCCGCCAGGAUCGUCGCAUACCUUGCCGGUGACAUCCAUUUGUCCCAGUUCCCUGGGGCAACACAGUGCAUAUCCUCCCUGCUUGAUACCGCCCUUCCAUACUGGAACAACACACAAGAACCCAAUCAUCAUUUACUGUUUAGUAAGUCAGAAAAGAAUACUGGCGGUGCUAAGGGAAGAUUGAUUUCUCGUAUCAAAGGCAUAGAGAAACGCAGAACAAACAAUGUUCCCAACCAAGGUGCUGACAUUCAGCAAGAUGUAGUGGAUAGCACAACCCAUGGCGGCAAACGAGAUGGCUGUAAUGAGCUGAUUCUGCAAGGCCUGGCAAUUCUUCAGAGGCUCGCCUUUGAUCAACAGAACUGCAGCGACAUAUGCCGCACCCCUGGUCUCCUCCCUAAGAUCAUGGCACCACUGUACUCUGAGACACUAAUCCAAGAUACCAAUGCAAAUCAAUGGGCCGAUGUAGUGAAUGGGUCACUCAAAGUGGUACACAGGCUCAUCCGUUCUCCAGAGUGGAUUGGCAGAAGUGAUCUGGUCCACAAAAUCUGUUCGAACGAGCAUGCACUGAGCAACCUGGAGAGAAUUCUUUAUCAGGGAAAAAAUGAUGGCACAGAACUGCAGAUGAGAGCCAUAGAAAUACUGACAGAACUGGUCACUGAUUCGUCAGCCAACCUCAGCACCGAAACAAAAGAAAAUCUAAUCAAGAAGCAGUUGCAGAUAUUCCUUACCAGUGAUGAAAGGGAAGAAGAAAAGCUUAGAGUUACGGCUGGGAAAGCACUGGCAUUACUUUCCAGGAGAAAAUCUAUCUCUAAGUUUAUAAUGAAGGAAAAGAAUAAUAUUGUUGAGCAUCUCAAUGGAAUACUUGAUGCUACGAACAACAUCACGUACAGGACAGUAGCAGUGUUGCUCUUGGAGAAUUUGUGCACUCAUUGUACAUUGGACAAGGAUCAUGUGAAGGAAGCCUUGCAGCCAAAGGUCCUCAGGGAAGUAUUGUCCAGUACACAAGACCUCCCUAAAGAACAAAGAAAUAAUUCUGCACGGGAAGAAAACCAGGCAACUUCCGGACCAGGACAUGAUGAAGAAAAUCAGGCAACUUCUGGACCAGGACAUGAUGAAGAAAACCAACUGUUGCCUGAAGCAAAUGGCCAAAUCAACUCACCUGAUCAGGCAAAUGAGGAGCUAAAAGCUAAAAUGGAAUUCCGAGAAGCAUUGUUAUCGCUUACUUUUGUGAUGUGUGACAAACUGAUCACUGCAGAUGACUUCGAUGAUGUGGUUCGAAAUAGUAACAUCGGAGAAGUUAAAUUUGUGGCCAAGUUACAGGCCAUAGUACAAGAGAACCGUGACGCCAGAGCUGAUUGUCUAAGGAUCGUGAAGUUUUGCGGCCAGAUUGUGGUAUUAAUGCUGGAGCGCGGACAGGUCACGGCGCGCCUAAAGUUAUGCGUGGAGUCGCUGCGUGAGACUUCAGAGAUCAUGUCUGACCUUGAAAGCUGCAUGCUAUUUGCAGGGACUGAUUGCGGAGUGAAGAAGACAGCCAGGCCUCUCCUCUCCGAUCUUGUGGAAAAAGCGAGAAAGUUGCUUGGUUACUAGAAUGUAACUAUAAUUGCUACCCAUAUUCUGUCAUGUGUCCCAGGAACAAACAAUCAUGUUUCUGCAGCCCUAGCCUGCUUUAUUUUCUCAUAUUUUCAUUAUAAAGCAACAUAGUAUUGUUGAAACACUUGGGAGUCCAGAGCUAUUGUUUCUAUAGCACUUAUCUGUUUAUUUCUCACGUUUUCACUGUAAUGCAAUAUUUGUUGGAAAACUUUGAAUCUAGACUUACUAUGUCUAUGGAGCCCUGACCUGC